AUGUCUUUCAACGACACUACGACAGACUCCUCAACCGGAGCAAUUGACCCAAGCCUAAACUCGGAUACACUUGCCGAGUCUACCAAGAACAAGUCGAAGCCGUGUUCAUGCGGUACGACACCCGAGCCUGCGACAACCGAACAAAUCGACCCUUCCAAGAUCUCCUUUCCCACAGAAAGACAACCAUAUUGGAAAAAUCCGGGCGUGAUACAUCUCCCCAACGGUGGGUGGCACAUCAAGAAGGGCAAGUACCUGUUGUAUCCUGAUGGAAGGAUUGAGAGAUGA